AUGGUGUUCCCGGCGUUCCCUCUCAAGCUGAACGUGUCGAUCCAGGUCAACAACGUGCACACCACCACGGUGAAGAAGGCGGCGCCCGCCGCGCCCGCGCACGCAAAGGCGUCGUCGUCCGCCGCGGUCAAGAAACCGGCCGCGGUCAAGGCUGCGCCCCGCGCCAAGAACGCGGACGCGCACACACCCGCGAAGAAGCCGUCGGGCACGAAGCCCGCUGCCGCUAAGAGCCCGUCCAAGACGGCCCACAAGCAUUGA